AUGCUGGGUCUUCAUCGUCAUGGAGUUGACAUUCUCAGCAUUGAAUCGUCGCUGCGCCGCGCAAGGAUCGUCUUCAACCACAUGGACAAAGAUGCCAUGGAGCCUCAUGCCAAGAUCUACCGCCGAUCUCGAUCUUCCCCACCUCGAACGCCAUGGUGGAGGGGCAGUAAAGACCAGGCUUCCGCUGCGCAGGAUGAAGGGGUACCGGCGAGACUGUUGGGAUUGAGCAGUAUGGAGUAUUCCAUCGAGAAGCUGUCCGAGAGCUUGCAUGAGGAGCUACAUCACUUUCUGCACACUUUUGGAACCAGGCUGGUUGCCAAGGAGGCUGCUUUGGCAGAGGCAGCGGACCGCCUGUCCGAGUCUACAAGCACGGUGGUGGCCGAUCUGAGAAGAAAGUUUGAGAAAGCACUGGCAGAGGAGCGAGAGAGACAUGCGAGAGAGCUCGGGCGCUUGCGACAGGUUGCGGACCACAUGCAGCAGGCAGUGAAGGUGCAGCACCAGGCCGUCGAUGAGCUUACAUGCGAAUUUCGCGGAAGGUGUCAAGAGGUGGAGGAUCGCAUGCAGACGAAGCUGAUGGCAGAGAUCGCAGAACUGACAAGGCGACCAGCGGUGCAGCCGCUGCAACUAUCGAACAACUCGGCAACUCCUGGCGUGGAUAAGAUUAUGCCACAGCUCCGGGAGCUUCAGUGGCAUCAGACUGGCAUCAGCACGUCUGUGAGCACCUUGCAACCGCGACUGGGCGCCUGCGAGGCCAAGCUCAAUGCUCAGGGUGUCGUCCUGGACAGCUUGGCCAAGCAGGUCGGCGAUGCUUGCAAAGCCUUGGCCUCGCUGUCGACCAAAGCGGUGGCCGUGGAGAAUUUGGAAGGCUUGCAGCAGAAGCUCCUGGCCGCGGAGCGUCGGAUCCAUGCGUCGGAGGUUUCAACAGAUUGCCUCAAGAAUCAAGUCCAGCAGCUCAGGGUGCAACCUGGGAACGGAGAGAUUCCACUCCCCGCUCCGGACAUCGCGACCCAGAGCGACGGCAUGCUGGCUCGGCAGCUGGGUCUAGAGAAGAUCUUUGGCGACUUUCGACGUGGGAUCCAGAGCCCAAAGCACCGUCGAAACCCCUCGCCGCACAACACCAGGGAAGCCGCAACUUUGAAGCGGCUGCCUUUUGGAGUGGGUCGUCCAUCCGGACGCAAGGCAUCCGACAGUGAGGAGGUGCCCUAUUUAGUGGCCCAGCCAAAGCUGGAGGGCACAUUGGGCAGAACACAAUCCGAAUCCCUGGAGUUGCCCUUCGAGCUUCACUCAUCACCCAGUUCACAGCAGGCACGUUUCACCAUCGUUGAAGUAUUGCAUGUCUACGACAUGCUGACUCAAAACCUGCCAAAGAUUCCGGACAAAUCUGGAAGCAGGUAUUGA